UCUUUCCUCAAAACGAGUCAUCAUCACCCUCCUCACUUCUUACCGCCCAGACUCUCCAACCUCACCUUUUUUCCCCUCGAUUCCAUUGCUCCCUCGAGUAAAAAGAAAAUCACAGUGAAAAAGAUUUGGGUCUUGUUUGAAAGACUUGAAACCCAGCACUUAUAAAUCUGUUCGCAAGAAAUUCAGCAGAGAGGAAAGGUUUUGAUCCGUUGAUGCCGAGAAGGGGCCUUUGGGAAAUCAAAGUGGAGGGAUUUUCUUCCAUUGAUGGCUAGGUUUUCUUCAGAACUGUAUUGAAGAGAAAAGAAGAAAAAAUUUGAUAACAACAAAAUGAGGACGAAGGGCAAGUAUAGGAAACCAACCACUUUAAGUUGCAAUGUAGGGAGCAGGUGGCCAGUUGUGGUAUUGAGCCUAUUGGGCUUUCUUGUUUUGCUCCAUCUGUAUUCGCUAAUCCGUCAAAAGGAUCCCCAAAUCAGGGAGUCUCAAAGACGCAUUAACCGCCACGAACUGCUUCACGAGCUAGAGAAAGUUGAGGAGCUCAGUCUACAGCUUCCUCCACCAAGGAAGAGGUCGCCUCGCGCUGUCAAGAGGAGGGGGCCCAGGAGGCCAACCACUUUGGUUGAUGAGUUUCUUGAUGAGUCCUCCCAGAUUAGGGGCUUUUUCUUUCCUGGUAUGAAAUAUGCUGUGGAUCCCAGGAAAGAUUCUGGAAACGGUACGAACUAUUAUUACCCGGGGAGGAUAUGGUUGGAUACGGAUGGGAACCCGAUUCAAGCGCAUGGAGGCGGCAUUCUACACGACGAGAAGACAAAUGUGUAUUAUUGGUAUGGAGAGUAUAAAGACGGGCCCACCUACCACGCCCACAAAAAAGGAGCAGCUCGGGUUGAUGUCAUCGGGGUGGGUUGCUAUUCUUCGACGGAUUUGUGGACGUGGAAAAACGAAGGCAUUGUAUUAGCAGCGGAGGAGAAAAACGAGACGCACGAUCUAUACACACUAAACGUUCUUGAGAGGCCAAAGGUAAUAUACAACGACAAGACGGGCAAAUACGUAAUGUGGAUGCACAUAGAUGACACAAACUACACGAAAGCUUCGGCGGGCGUUGCGGUUAGCGACUCCCCAACGGGUCCCUUUGACUACCUCUAUAGCAUACGGCCCCACGGAUACGAUAGCCGAGACAUGACCGUUUUCAAGGACGACGACGGGACCGCCUAUCUCGUUUACUCCUCCGUAGAGAAUAGCGAGCUUCACGUGGGCCCGCUCGACGACCGAUACUUGGACGUGACCCGCGCCGCGUCGAGGGUUCUCGUGGGGUACCACCGCGAAGCCCCGGCGUUGUUCAAGAACCAAGGAACUUAUUACAUGAUCACCUCCGGGUGCACGGGGUGGGCCCCGAACGAGGCCCUGGCCCACGCGGCCGAGGCGAUAAUGGGCCCGUGGGAGACGAUCGGAAGCCCGUGCAUCGGCGGGAACAAGAUUUUCCAACUGACGACGUUCUUCUCUCAAAGCACGUUCGUGCUUCCCGUGCCCGGGCUGCCCGAUUUCUUUAUAUUCAUGGCGGACCGAUGGAAUCCGGCUGACCUGAGGGACUCGAGGUACGUAUGGCUACCUUUAACCGUGGCUGGACCCGUGGACCAGCCGCUCGAGUACAAUUUCGGGUUUCCGUUGUGGUCGAGAGUGUCGAUAUUCUGGCAUAAAAGGUGGCGUCUACCUUCACAUACAAUGCAGGAACACAAGUGAAGACUUUUAUAGAAGAGCCCUUUAAUUUACCCUUUUCUUUAGAGCACAAUGGGUAGAUGUAAAUCACUGCAGUAAAAUUGUAGAGCUUUGAUGUGUUUGUUGUAUGAUAAUUCAAAAUGUAUCACUUUUACUCCGAUCCAAAAACUAUGAACAAUGAGAGGAUUGUUUACAAUUUUUACUUUCAAAUUUUGAUGUCAUGUAAAAAAAAAGCAUCUAGAUUUUU